ACCGUGCUACAGUAACCAAGAGCAGCGCGCAGUGUACAGUUUAAACAAUGCCUCCCUCUGUGAAACAAACUUGCAGUUACUUACAGAUAUUAAAACGCACCUCCCCGUUGAUACUGUAAAGAGAUUCUCUUGUUUACUGCCUUUUCUUUCGGCAUAGUUCUGUGUUUUCUUAUUUUCUAUUUGAAAUCGUAUUUUAUCUGCUCGCUUUUGCCAGCUGAUGCAAUUUUUUUGUGAAGUGCAUUCAAGAAACCACACUAUUUCUUUAUGGCGUCGCACCAGCAGUCAAGAAUUCAAUCAUACCUGGAAAAUAACAAAAUUGGCCCUCUGUUUGAGGAAAUGAUGACCAAACUGAUAAGUGAGACCCCAGAUCAUCCUAUUCCCUUUCUAAUCAAUCACCUGCUGACUAAACAAGGCAGUCCGAGCAAGCUCCAACGAACUCUCUCAGGAUCUGCGGCUUUGUGGGCAGAGACUGGGACAACAGAGAUCAAAGGGACCAGGAGGGAUUUCAGAAGCUAUGAUAAGCCAUGGCAGAUAAAUCCCAAAAAGCCAAAAAAGUCAAAAAGUGACCUUGCUGUAUCCAACAUAUCUCCACCUUCACCGGAAUCAAAGUCAUUACCAAGGUCAAUUGAGCAUCCUGGGUGGGACUGGAGUACUAAACCCGAGAGCCGAGACUUUGAUGAACUGAACCUGAUCCUGCAGGAAAGCAGAAAGCUUGGAAAGGCACUGGAGAACCUGUCACGCUGCAUUGCCGUCUCUGAUGAAAUUGAUCAGGACCCAAGAACCUAUAACUCCUCUCUUCUGAGACCCCGAGUAAUAGGAGAGUGGGUUGGUCGUGAAGAGAAUGAUGCUGAUCCACUGGCAGCUGAGAUGUUACAGCCUCCUGUGCCUAAAAAUAAGAGUGAGCAGCGGGGAGGUGAGGACAGCAGUGGCAGUCCCGCAGGAAGCUUGAAGAUGGAGCCAAAGAGCAAAGGUCUGAAGCAGCAGCAGCAGCACCACAAGAAGCUGCUGGCAGCAAUGCUGUCCCAGGACUCCUUCGACUCGCUCCACAGCACUGCGCCCUCCGUGAAUGAGGAGGAGAUUGAUGAUGAGGACGACACCAUGGAACUACUGGAGGACCUUGAUGAUUUACGAAUGGAGGGUGUAAGCAGCUUGGCGUCUUCUGGUAACAAGUUUAGCCAGGGUCGCAGUUCUUAUUGUCCUGAACCCCAAGCCAAAGUCACACUCAACAUCUGCUCAAGGUGUGCCAGGCUUCAAGGUGAUAGCCUGUUAGAAGCAAGAGACGAUGAGCCGUUGUGUUCCCGUUCUGAACAAGCUGUACCAAAGAUAGCAUGUCCAUUGCCUGGGGUUGAAACUGUGAUGGAGGAUGAUGAAGAAUGUGAGAGUGCUUCUCAAGUGACCGGACCUCGUCGACCAGUCUGGGACUCGGAUGCAAUGUAUGCCCGAAGCGGGAGCUCCCUAAGUCAGAAACAAUUGAAGGAGUCCUUCUCCACAAAGGAACUGCAACGUAUGGAGAAGCAUCUUGCUGAAGUUGAAAAAGACCUGGCUAAGAUUGUUGAAGCCACACUAGUUCGGAGCCCAAACAGUCCACACAGCAGUCUACUUCUGACACCAACUCGUCAAGGCAACCAGCAGGCAUUGCCAGGUCAGAACUCCAGACCUCAAACACCAAGAAGCCUUGCUGGUAAAAGCAGCCAGCUACAAUUCCAAGGAAACAAACCAGCCUCCUUAGCAAACAGUAGACCACAGACACCAAACAACCAAAAUUGUAGGCCCCAAACUCCGAACACACUCACCAGCAGACCCAGGACACCAUCGGCUCAAGGAAGUAGACCCAUGACCCCUAACAGUUUAAUGCCACAACCCCUCACUCCUAGCAGGCAAGGUGACAAUGAGGGAAACUUUGGAAGUGAAAGGAGCAGGCCAGUAACACCUACAAGUCAGGUUGGGAGGCCUUUGCAUUCACCAACGGGGCUGGCUAUUGGGAAAAUAGCUGGAGAAAAUGUGGGAAAUGCUACUACUCAAAGAUACAAUCUGUCGGAGGACGAGUUUUAUCAGCAGUUGCAGGCUGCCCGUCAGCCACAGCUAAUCCCCAGUGACACAGACAGUGAUGUGUGGAUCAGGCUGAUCAAGACAAAUGUUUAUGAUGAAAAAACAGAAAAAGAAGACUGAACUGAUUUAAUGAUUAUGCAACACAAACUAAGGGCAUUUUGAAUAUUCUGUGUAGAUAAAAUAUACAGUAUUGAAAUAUUAUGAUAUUUUUAUAAUGAAAAUUGAUAUAUUCAUAGGUUGACCUUAUCAGACAAUUAAUUAUGCAGUGCAAAACAUAACCUUCAGCUUCAGACAUGUGCUGUUAAUAAUUUUUACAGUAUCAAUGUUUCAUCUAAAAUAUCUCGCAUAGGACCCUAUUCACAAAAAUGUACGGACUGUGUAGAUUCCGAUUGCCUGCUGUGAACAUGCUUCUGAAGGAUUUAAUUUUGUACUUACUCAUAAAAAAGAUGUAUUUAAACAAUUGUGUCAUCACUAGUUUGUUGUGUUAGGUUUACCCUGUAAUUACAUGUAUAUUCAUUGCUGCCAUAAAGUGCUC